CCGCCGCCCCCCGGCCGAGCCGCCGCGGACCGGCACCAUGUCGCUGUCGCGCUCGGAGGAGAUGCACCGGCUCACGGAGGGCGUCUACAAGGCCGUCAUGGAGCAGUUCAACCCCAGCCUGCGCAACUUCAUCGCCAUGGGCAAGAACUACGAGAAGGCGCUGGCAGGUGUGACCUAUGCGGCCAAAGGCUACUUCGAUGCUCUCGUGAAGAUGGGCGAGCUGGCCAGCGAGAGCCAGGGCUCCAAAGAACUGGGCGACGUCCUCUUCCAGAUGGCCGAGGUGCACAGGCAGAUCCAAAACCAGCUGGAAGAAAUGCUGAAGUCGUUUCACAACGAGCUGCUCAUGCAGCUGGAGCAGAAGGUGGAGCUGGACUCCAGGUACCUGAGCGCCGCGCUGAAGAAGUACCAGACGGAGCAGCGGGGCAGGGGCGAUGCGCUGGACAAGUGCCAGGCGGAGCUGAAGAAGCUGCGCAAGAAGAGCCAGGGCAGCAAGAACCCCCAGAAGUACUCGGACAAGGAGCUGCAGUUCAUCGACGCCAUCAGCAACAAGCAGGGCGAGCUGGAGAGCUACGUGUCGGACGGCUACAAGACGGCCCUGACGGAGGAGCGCCGGCGGUUCUGCUUCCUGGUGGAGAAGCAGUGCGCCGUGGCCAAGAACGCCGCCGCCUACCACUGCAAGGGCAAGGAGCUGCUGGCGCAGAAGCUGCCGCUGUGGCAACAGGCCUGCGCCGACCCCAACAAGAUCCCGGACCGCGCGGUGCAGCUGCUGCAGCAGGUGGUGGGCAGCAACGGCGCCAUGCUCCCCAGCGCCCUGUCUGCCUCCAAGUCCGACCUGGUCAUUUCGGACCCCAUCCCGGGGGCCAAGCCCCUGCCGGUGCCCCCCGAGCUGGCCCCGUUCGUGGGGCGGCUGUCAGCCCAGGAGAACGUGCCCAUCCUGAACGGCAUCUCGGGCCCGGACAGCGAGGACUACAACCCCUGGGCUGACCGCAAGGCCGCCCAGCCCAAGUCCUCGUCUCCCCCACAGUCCCAGGGCAAGAUGAGCGACUCCUACUCCAACACGCUCCCCGUGCGCAAGAGCGUCACCCCGAAAAACAGCUACGCCACCACAGAGAACAAGACCCUGCCCCGCUCCAGCUCCAUGGCGGCCGGCCUGGAGCGCAACGGCCGCACGCGGGUGAAGGCCAUCUUCUCGCACGCGGCGGGGGACAACAGCACGCUGCUGAGCUUCAAGGAGGGCGACCUCAUCACGCUGCUGGUGCCCGAGGCCCGCGACGGCUGGCAUUACGGCGAGAGCGAGAAGACCAAGAUGCGGGGCUGGUUCCCCUUCUCCUACACCCGCGUCCUGGACGGCGACGGCAGCGACAGGUUGCACAUGAGCCUGCAGCAGGGCAAGAGCAGCAGCACAGGCAACCUCCUGGACAAGGACGACCUGGCCCUCCCGCCGCCCGACUACGGCACCUCCUCGCGCGCCUUCCCCGCCCCGACGGCCGGCGCCUUCAAGCAGAGGCCCUACAGCGUGGCCGUGCCCGCCUUCUCCCAGGGUCUGGACGACUACGGGGCGCGGGCUGUGAGCAGGAACCCCUUCGCCGACGUCCAGCUGAAGCCGACGGUGACCGACGACAGGUCCGCCCCUCUCCUCAGCUGAAGGUCGCGCGUCCCCCCGCUGCUGUUCGCGCACACGGUCUGCAUCUGCGG